AUGUUCAUGCAGCACAUCGACGCCACUGACCUCACACUUGAUUACACAAACAACAAAAUUCAAGACACCAUUAUACCAGCAGCUAUCGCCUCCAUCCACGAGAAAAGGCAGAAAAGUGAAAACUACCGUCCGAUUAGCUUGACAUCACACAUCUGCAAGCUCAUGGAGAGAAUCCUAAUGGAGAGGAUCAUCCAAAAUUUCACAGAGAACAAUCUUGUAAAAUCAAUGCAACAUGGACCGCCGCCCACUCACUCCACCCAUUAUGCUGACGAGGCCCAAGAAAGCGGAACACAGAGAAAGUGUGGACAGCCCUGCCGGCGCCAGACCUUCAGGGCCAGACCUCCAGGGCCAGACCUCCAAGGCCAGACAUUCACGGAUAGACCUCCAGGGCCAGGGCCAGACCUCCAGGGCCAGACCUAUAGGGCCAGACCUCCAGGGCCAGACCUCCAGGGCCAGACCUCCAGGGCCAGACCUCCAGGACCAGACCUCCAGGGCCAGAACUCCAGGGCCAAACCUCCAGGGCCAGACCUUCAGGGCCAGACCUCCAGGGCCAGACCUCCAGGACCAGACCUCCAGGGCCAGAACUCCAGGGCCAAACCUCCAGGGCCAGACCUUCAGGGCCAGACCUCCAGGGCCAGACCUUCAGGGCCAGACCUCCAGGGCCAGACUUCCAGGGCCAGAACUCCAGGGUCAGACCUCCAGGGCCAGACCUCCAGGGCCAGACCUCCAGGGCCAGACCUCCAGGGCCAGAACUCCAGGGCCAGACCUCCAGGGCCAGACCUCCAGGGCCAGACCUCCAGGGCCAGACUUCCAGGGCCAUACCUCCAGGGCCAGAACUCCAGGGCCAGACCUCCAGGGCCUGACCUCCAGGGCCAAACCUCCAGGGCCAGACCUCCAGGGCCAGACCUCCAGGACCAGACCUCCAGGGCAAGAACUCCAGGGCCAAACAUCCAGGGCCAGACCUUCAGGGCCAGACCUCCAGGGCCAGACCUCCAGGACCAGACCUCCAGGGCCAGAACUCCAGGGCCAAACCUCCAGGGCCAGACCUUCAGGGCCAGACCUCCAGGGCCAGACCUUCAGGGCCAGACCUCCAGGGCCAGACCUCCAGGGCCAGAACUCCAGGGUCAGACCUCCAGGGCCAGACCUCCAGGGCCAGACCUCCAGGGCCAGACCUCCAGGGCCAGAACUCCAGGGCCAGAACUCCAGGGCCAGACCUCCAGGGCCAGACCUCCAGGGCCAGACCUCCAGGGCCAAACCUUCAGGGCCAGAACUCCAGGGCCAGACCACCAGGGCCUGACCUCCAGGGCCAAACCUCCAGGGCCAGACCUCCAGGGCCAAACCUCCAGGGCCAGACCUUCAGGGCCAGACCUCCAGGGCCAGACCUCCAGGGCCAGACCUUCAGGGCCAGACCUCCAGGGCCAGACCUUCAGGGCCAGACCUCCAGGGCCAGACCUUCAGGGCCAGACCUCCAGGGCCAGAACUCCAGGGUCAGACCUCCAGGGCCAGGGCCACCUCCAGGGCCAGACCUCCAGGGCCAGACCUCCAGGGCCAGACCUCCAGGGCCAGACCUCCAGGGCCACCUCCAGGGCCAGACCUCCAGGGCCAGACCUCCAGGGCCAGACCUCCAGGGCCAGACCUCCAGGGGGCCAGACCUCCAGGGCCAGACCUCCAGGGCCAGACCUCCAGGGACCUCCAGACCUCCAGGGCCAGACCUCCAGGGCCAGACCUCCAGGGCCAGACCUCCAGGGCCAGACCUCCAGGGCCAGACCUCCAGGGCCAGACCUCCAGGGCCAGACCUCCAGGGCCAGACCUCCAGGGCCAGACCUCCAGGGCCAGACCUCCAGGGCCAGACCUCCAGGGCCAGACCUCCAGGGCCAGACCUCCAGGGCCAGACCUCCAGGGCCAGACCUCCAGGGCCAAACCUCCAGGGCCAGACCUCCAGGGCCAAACCUCCAGGGCCAGACCUUCAGGGCCAGACCUCCAGGGCCAAACCUCCAGGGCCAGACCUUCAGGGCCAGACCUCCAGGGCCACACCUUCAGGGCCAGACCUCCAGGGCCAGACCUUCAGGGCCAGACCUCCAGGGCCAGACCUCCAGGGCCAAACCUCCAGGGCCAGACCUCCAGGGCCAGACCUCCAGGGCCAGACCUCCAGGGCCAAACCUCCAGGGUCAAACCUCCAGGGUCAGACCUUCACGGCUAGACUACCAAGGCCAGACCUCCAGGCCUAGACCUCCAGGGCCAGGGCCAGACCUCCAGGGCCAGACAUUCACGGCUAGAUCUCCAGGGCCAGGGCUAAACCUCCAGGGCCAGACCUACAGGGUCAGACCUACAUGGCCAGACUUCCAGGUCCAGACCUCCAGGGCCAGACCUCCAGGGCCAAACCUCCAGGGCCAGACCUACACGGCCAGACCUACACGGCCAGACCUCCAGAGGUAG